UGUGUUUACGUUCGCGCAGAGCAAACCUCAAACUUUGUUACAGGGCUUGAUAGCUGUCUAAUUUCAGUCGACUGCUGUUGCUGCUGCUGAUGAUGAUAUUCAGCAGAGUGUGACAGGUGAUUGGCCUUUCUAUAUCUCAUAAUUAAAGUGGUAUUGCAAUUUCGAGACGAGUCUCGAAUCACAACCGCGAGUGCAGUCUAGUUUCUUGACACCGUUUGCCGUGCUGUUAUCGAUUCAUACUUUGCUGGUUCAAAGGAGAAAAGUCAAGCGUAUAUAGAAGAGGUCAAGAAAAAUAUGAGUCGUCGAUGAGAAAGUGAGUGAGUGCAGUAGGCAGUUUUACAAACAAACAACAACAAAAAACACGCACAAUGGGUUCGGAGCAAAGCUCGCACGCCCUCGACGGCCAGAACUUGGCCGGCACCAAGGGCACACCCGGACUGAGACGUGGGAAGAGCGUACCGAAUCGCGAGGCCAUACCCGACGACGACACCGACCCACCGAGGUGCGCCAGUCCGGGUCCGAGCGUCUGCUCCGACUCCGAUUUACCCUACAUAUCUUACACGGUGAAUAGGCCCAUAGGCGAUUCACCAAAGAUGACCAAUAAACAGUCGCAGCUUUACAGAGGCAAGAGCCUGGGAUCUCAAGAUGCUGCCAGAAGAAAGUCCAGCAUAGAGAUCGGCUCCAAAAAGAUUACCUCUGGAAAAGCUCACAAUAUUGUGGUGGUAAAAGCUGCUGCGUCAGAUCCUACAGCUGAUAAAGAUGCGGAUCUCUUGAAACUCAAAAGCAUUCCUAUGUUUCUACCUAUCAUGAGGGGUACUGUUAAUUUACCACCCAGAGUGCGUGAUCCAGAAGUUUUAGAACGAUUGGAUCCAUUAGGUCUGUUCAAUCUUUGCGCAAGGUAUCAACAUCAUCUCAAUAAUACAGCCCAAACGAUUGCAAUGGAGCAGAAUGCCUUAUGCGUCAAUCUCGACAAUGAUUUUAAUCGAAUUAUGUCUCUAGCGACGGAGAGACAGAAAAAGUUUGCAAAAUUUGCAGAGCAGCUGGGUAGGGUGCACGACCUCAGUAGGCAGCUUACAAAGUGUCAUAUGUUAUUGAACCAAACUCUGGAAAGUUUGGAAACUCUUAACAAUGUACUGCCGAUAGAGGAAAGAUUAGAGCCUUUCGUAUGGACAACAGGAUAAUAGUUUAUACUAUUUAUAAUAAGUUGAAUAAUUUUAAAUUGUGUCUAUCUAUGGAAAAAAAAUAAUGUUUCGUGUAUGUUUGGUUUCGUGUCAACUUUAAUACAAUAAUAUGUAAAAAAAACUAUAUUAAUAUAUAAAACAGUCUUAACCUUAAAUCGA